AUGAUGCGCGUGUAUCUUGAUUAUAAUGCCACGACGCCCGUGGAUCCUGUCGUUUUAAAGGCAUUGCUUCCCUAUCUCGGACCACAAUUUGGGAAUGCUUCCUCGUCCUAUGUGCUGGGCCAGACUUCCAAGAAAGCUGUGGCUGUAGCGCGUGCCCAAGUGGCAUCCAUGCUUGGUGCUUGUAACUCAAGUGAGGUCUUGUUUCUUUCAGGAGGCACUGAGUCCAUCAAUCACGCUAUUAAAGGCACAGCACUGGCAGCAAAGCGAGAAAGUGGACGCAGCCACAUCGUCACAAGUUCUGUAGAGCACGUGGCCGUGCUGGAGACGUGCAAAUGGCUAGAGACACAGAACUUUCAGGUCACGUAUCUACCUGUCGACCAAUUUGGCUGCGUGCAUGUUGCGGACGUAUUGAAUGCACUCACUCCACAGACAUGCCUUGUGUCUAUAAUGCUCGCGAACAAUGAAGUAGGUUCGCUGCAGCCCGUGGCAGAAAUUUCUCAAGCAGUGCAGCGAUAUGUGGAGGAGAGCGGUAGCCACUUGCCUAUUGUCGUGCAUAGUGACGCUAGCCAGGCUAUCGGCAAAGUUCGAGUUAAUGUCCAGGACCUUCAAGUCGAUUUGCUCUCAUUAGCAGGCCACAAAUUCUACACCCCUAAGGGAAUUGGUGCGCUCUACAUUCGUGAAGGCACUAUGAUAGAUACUAUCCUCCACGGGGCGUCGCAGGAGAAUGGACGACGCGGUGGUACAGAAAAUGUAGCACUGAUAGUGGCCUUAGGUCAAGCCUGCGCAUUGAUUGAGACGAACUUACUGGAAUACGCAGUUAUCAUGCAAGAUAGCAGGAAGUUUCUCCUCGAGCAGAUUCAAAAGCACUGCAGUCUAUCAAACGUCAGCUACCAAGUAAAUGGCCAUCCAGAGCUUUCACUACCGAACACACUUAGCAUAAGCUUUGCGCACAUUAACGCGUCACGUCUCCUGGAUUUGAUUGAGGAAGAUGGUGUAUACGCUAGUGCAGGAUCGGCGUGUCACGGUCACAAUAAAGUCAACGGGAAUGACUCAGGCAAUCGAUCUGAAAAUCAAGAGAAAAAUGUCACGAUUUCGCACGUGCUGGCAGCCAUGGACGUGAAACCUGAGUUUGCGAAGGGCACACUACGCUUAUCAGUCGGUCGCUCCACCACGCAGGAAGAGCUGCUGUACGCUGCAAACGCUAUUCACAGAAGCAUUCAGCAACUUGUGGCUUGA